CACAUCAAACAGAAGAAACGUGGCGUCUCUCUCUUGAGAAUAUCAUCGCAGCUUCGAUUUGAGUGGCUUUUCACUAUUCCUCUGGGCUAUUGAUCUCUCAGUCGAUGUGGGGUUUUAGUGGUUGGAAACAUUAAUUACACUUAUGACGGAAAGUGUUGGUGAAAUAUUAGUAUCUGAAGUGUCAAAAAGAGCAAAAUCUGGAUCCCUUUGUAACUAGUAUUAGUAUAUUAGUUAAAGGGAUUUCGAGUCGCACCAGCUGAAUUCAGUGAAGUUCUUGUAUCAGUUCAUACUAAAUUGAUUUGAUGGGUUCAGCUAAUUUGAAAGUAGGAAGUAGACCACCAUGGGUAGGUCUUGGAGCAGCAGUUUGGGUACAGAUAGCAGCUGGGAAUGGUUACAACUUCCCUCUCUAUUCUCAUUCACUCAAAUCUGUAUUAGGAUACAGUCAACAACAGCUAACGAUGCUUGGAGUUGGUAAUGAUAUUGGUGAGAAUGUGGGUAUUCUACCAGGUCUCAUCUGCAAUAAGUUCCCACCUUGGGCUAUACUCUUGAUCGGAACUUUUGCAUGUUUCUUCGGUUAUGGGGUUCUCUGGCUUUCUAUCAGCCGUACUGUUCAAAAUUUACCCUACUGGUUGCUCUGGAUUGCACUAUGUAUCGCUACUAAUAGCAGUGCGUGGCUGGGGACUGCUGUGCUUGUUACUAACAUGAGGAACUUUCCUCUUAGUAGGGGAACCGUUGCUGGCAUCUUAAAAGGCUACGUCGGACUUAGUGCGGCAGUUUAUACGGAGAUCUAUUCUGCGAUUCUUCACAAAUCCUCUUCAAAGCUCUUGCUGUUCCUCACACUAGUUGUUCCAGCUAUGUGCCUGGCUAUGAUAUAUUUCGUCAGACCUUGCACCCCAGGCUCCGUAGAAGAUUUUGUAGAACAUCGCCAUUUUGUGUUCACUCAAGCUGCUAGUGUUUGUCUUGGUAUCUAUCUUCUCACGACUACAGUAUUGGAUGAUGUGUUGUCAUUAAGUACCUAUAUAUCCUAUGCCUUCAUUGCUGUAAUGGUUCUCCUUCUGAUGGCACCACUUGCAAUCCCUCUGAAAAUGACCUUGUUCCCAAGUAGAAAAUCAGGCAUGCAAGGUCGACCAGAUGGUUCUUCAGACCAACUGUUGUCUCUGGAUGACAGCUCAGACAAAACAGAGGCUUUGCUGACUCCAUCUUCAUCAACGACUUAUCUUCAAGAAGGAGAUGAUAUCUCAGAUGUGGAUUUACUUAUAGCUGAAGGGGAGGGUGCUAUAAAGAAGAAAAGGAGACCUAGGAGAGGAGAAGACUUCAAAUUACGUGAAGCUUUUGUGAAGGCUGAUUUCUGGCUUCUGUUCAUGGUGUACUUUUUCGGCGUUGGUUCAGGUGUGACUGUUCUCAAUAAUUUGGCACAGAUUGGGAUUGCGCAAGGAACAAGUGACACUGCAAUCCUCUUAUCUAUUUUCAGCUUUGGCAAUUUUCUGGGACGUCUUGGUGGUGGUGUUGUUUCUGAACACUUUGUUAGGUCAAAAACAAUCCCACGCACAGUUUGGAUGACAGUGUCUCAACUUGUCAUGGCUAUAGCGUACCUUCUAUUUGCAUCAGCUCUGAACGGGACCCUUUUCGCAGCAACAGCAUUACUUGGGGUAUGCUAUGGGGUUCAAUUUUCUGUCAUGGUCCCUACCGCCUCUGAACUUUUUGGGUUGAAGCAUUUUGGUGUCAUAUACAAUUUCAUGUUGCUCGGAAAUCCUCUAGGUGCAGUUAUCUUCUCAGGGGGUUUAGCUGGUUAUUUAUAUGAUAAGGAAGUAGAAAAGCAGCAACAGCAAGGAGUUGAUGGUAUGAUUUUUGCUUCGAGUGUAUCUUGCUUGGGUCCUAACUGUUUUAGGCUUACAUUCCUGGUUCUAGCCGGUGUAUGUGGUUUGGGUUCCAUUUUGAGUGCAAUUCUUUCAAUCAGAAUAAGACCUGUCUACCAAAUGUUGUAUGCUGGGGGCUCUUUCCGCCUGCCUCCUCCCACCCAGGGUUCUUCACAACAUUGAUUAAACCUCUCAGAUAUUGAUGUUCUGGAGUUUUAGGAUUGUAAUUAUGGUAAUAAUACAAUAAUUUAAUGGAAACAUUUGAUGUAUCGUAUUAGUUCUUUGA